UUCAAUGCUUGCAUGUAGUCAUCAGCAGGCGUUACGGUCGGUGAGUCUGCCCGAGUUGCCGACGACGAAGCGCUGAUCGACGCUCUCUUUAUGGUUGCGAGGGACUUCAUGUUCUUUAGCUUCCGCCCCAUAUUUGUCCCCGUGAUUUGGUCGCUGUCGAUCUCUCGCUUGAGAUCAAAGAUGCUCGCUAUCUUGAGUUGACUUCGGAUCGGUCAGACCAAACGUUCGUAGUCGGCAGCAUGAAGGUUGAUGACACCGAGCGGCUAGAGGUGAUGGCGUCACAGCAACACCUACGCCUCUUCUCUAUAUACAUCAACCUCCUCUCCUCCCGUUAGCGGCCACCGACGCAGCCCAAACGAACAAAGAGCGUAAGACUGUGGUCGCUUACCGACGGUGACGAUGGGCUCCCCCCGCACGAGCGGCAGCGGCUCGCGGAUGCUGUUCCUCAAGGCGGCGCUCGCCUCUGUCGCGGUGGUGGUAACGACGGCCGUGAUGCUCCACGCGGGUCCACCCAUCCGACGGCUCCUCGCCACCGAGGCCCCCCGGGCGUACGCCUCGCUCCUGGCCUGGCUCACACCGCCCUACCUCUACUUCGUCCUCAACGCCAUAAUCCUCUCCAUCGCCGCUGCCUCCCGCUUCCACAAACCGUCCGCCGACUCUACUGAUCGGGUACCUGUUUCUCCGGCAGAGAUGGUGGUUCACCCACCGGACUACAUGCUUCCGGUUGAGUACCAGGAGGAACAUUCGUGGGACGCCCCCUCGACGCGGCUGGUCGCCGCCGUGUCGGAGGAGUACUAUGGCGGUGGUGAGCAGGAGGCGAUGGUGUUGGGCCAGGAGGAGACGGUGGUGAAGGCGGAGGCAGCGGGAGAAGAAGAAGAAGUGGAGCAGGAGCUCGUUUCAUCGAGGUCGAGCUGGACUCCAGACCGCACGGCGUCGCCGGAGUUCCCGACGGAGAAACCGCUAGUUUCCGUGAGGUUAGGUCACCGCAAGAACCACAAGUCCACCCCCGACGGUAAGGCGCUGCGGAGAGUGGCGAGGCCGAGGCGGGAGGAGACGCUGGAGAGCACGUGGCGGGCGAUAACGGAGGGCCGGGCAGUGCCGCUGGCGCGCCACCUCAAGAAGUCCAACAUGUGGGACACACGCGCCGCCCUCGAAGAUGCGGAAGCACCGGAAACGGCGGCGGUGACGCGGAAGUCGGAGACGCUCAGCGACCGCGAGACUGCAAGGCCGCAUUCCGGUGGAGGCGGCGGGGAGUCAUCAUCGUCAUCGACGUCGACAACGUCGGGCGUGGGACGGGGGACACUGCGGAGGGAGCCGUCGCUGGGGCAAGAGGAGCUGAACCGGCGGGUGGAGGCGUUCAUAAGAAAGUUCAACGAGGAGAUGAGGUUGCAGCGGCAGCGGUCGCUGCAGCAGUUCGCGGAGAUGAUCGACCGUGGUAGUCACUGAUCUACCAAUAAAAGUAGAACACAAAAGAGACGAGGUAAAAGCGUUUCAGGGUAGGAUGAAAGAGAUGGAAGAAUGACUACUUGGUUUGUUGGUGCAAUUGCUUUUCUUUCUGUGUUUUGUUUAUGUUUUAGGCUCUAAUUCUGUGCUGUACUUUCUCAGUAUUUACUUCAAAUUAUACGUGGAUAUAUAUCAUAAA